AUGGCUGACAGAAAUAACCAAUGGUUUGAGCACCUCAUUGAUGGUGAAACUGUAGAUUCCGUUAAUACGUUAUGCGAAAGAAUCAAUCAUUUCUUUGUAAAUCUCACAAAAGAUUUUACGCCUCUCUCACAGAACGAUGUUUCUAACUAUUCUGCUGGUGAUUCUGGUAUUGCGGAUGAUCUCUUGGCUUCAACUGGCGAAGUUUAUAAAUCCCUUUGUUCGUUAAAGACAGGGAAAGCCCCGGGACCGGAUGGAAUCCCGAAUGUAAUUCUAAAAACGUUUGCCUUUGAGUUAGCGCCAGUAUUCGCUGAUAUUUAUAACUCAUCCUUACGUGAUGCCUAUUUGCCACCUCUAUUAAAGAGAGCAACUGUUACACCUCUUCCCAAACAAUCUCCACCGGGCUCCAUUGAAAAUGGUAUCAGACCCAUCUCACUCACUUGCGAAAUUGCUAAAGUGAUGGAAGGUCUCACCUUAGCGAGAAUCCUGCCAUCCAUUAUAAGUCACUUGGACAACAAAUAA